AUGAACUCGAAAGGUCCGAAUGGAGAUGGACAUACCGCAAAUACCGUGAAUGUGCCGUUGGAUAGAAAUGAACGAGCGCAUUCGGAAAUGCGAAGCCGCAGUACUACUAAUCUGCACGAGCCAUCAUCAAUCGAACGUGCCAGAACUCAAAGUCCCAUACCCCGCGAACCAGUCGCAGUUGCCGAACCUCCACCAAAGACUCGUGCACCGCGUAAGUCUGUAGGCGAAGAGAUCCGUGUGAGGACAGAUUACCCUCCACCGCUGCCCAAAACUCAGCCUCCUUCGAUCAAUGAAAUCCCACCAUCUCCAAAGACUUCUAUUACCACCGCCUUACACGUUCAACAAAAAGCAAGAGUCCGACAUCUGGGAGGACGUCCCCGUCGCCGUCGCAGUCUUCGGCAUCAAUCCCAUCGCCAUCAUCAAUAUCUCCCGGGAGCACUUCCCCAGACACCCCUAGGAGGCGAUCAAAUCCUGCGUUCGACAAGAAGCAAGAGUCCGACAUCUGGGAGGACGUCCCCGUCGCCGUCGCAGUCUUCGGCAUCAAUCCCAUCGCCAUCAUCAAUAUCUCCCGGGAGCACUUCCCCAGACACCCCUAGGAGGCGAUCGAAUCCUGCGUUUGACAAGGUUAUUUAUUUCAAAUAUUACAUCAAAAAUCAUCUAUCACGGCUAAAGAAAAAAUUUUCUGGAUUCUGUUUGGAACCGUCGGCUUCCAGUCGUCCCAUCUUGACAAAGGGACGUUCUGCAAGCCCCCUGGGAAGUGUUGAGGCAUCCAAAAAUGGCUCAGAAGCCAAGGAUGUGAAGAAGCAACGGGUGAUCAACGUGCCCAUUUCUGCUCCAUGGUAUCAUCGCUCAUUGUCGUCCUCAGAGGCCACAGACACGGCACAUGCUCGUAGGGUAGUUAUUGGCAUGGAUUCAUUCUCCUCGUUGCAUCCGGACACAUUUCGUCGCAACUACAGAUUUAAUAUUGAUUUAUCAAGCGAUUCACCGUUAUCGAUCGUGAACAGGUAG